CGAUGAACGCGCAAUUUGGGAAUCAUGGCGGCACCAUGCUCGGCAUGCCAUGGAGGGCAUCCUAUGUCCACUGUUGUUUUGAAGAGAAACUGAAGUUGUGCAUGUUCUUUUCGCGUUGUGUGGAUUAAUCUCAUUUUAAACCAUUAUCAAUUGAAUGUCCAGGAUCUGCAAUGGCUAAGAAGGGACGUAACCACAGAAAGAAGGCGAGGCGAAGAGCGGAACGUAUGUCGCGCACUGAAGAUGUGAGCGCUAAUCUUUUGAAGUGGAUGACUGCAAACGGUUUCGAACUGCACACGCAGCUGUCUCUCAGGGAAUUCCGCGAAACUGGGAGAGGGUUGGCAACGCAACAAGUGCUGUCUUCUGGCGACGCUUUUCUAAGAGUACAAACUUGUCUCCUAAUAACCACUCAGACAGCUUUAUCAAGCAGCUUACACUAUUUUAUUAUCAGGAAUCAUGGGCAACUUACUCCUAUUGAAGUGUUGACACUCUUUCUUAUGAACGAAAAGCUCCGAGGCCAUGAUUCAGAGUGGCGCUUCUUCAUCAAAAGCUUGCCAGCUACCUACACAACACCUGUGUUCCUUGGAAGCAAAUUGCUUGCCAAACUGCCCUGCGACCUGUUCCGAAAAGCACAGACCCAAGUGUCCAGGAUACGAAGCACUUUUUUAAAGUUACGAACUUUGUUGACAAAGGGAAGCACUGGUGGCAACUCGCUGCUUUCUAGCCUUUCCAAGAACUUUACAUGGCAUCUGUUUGUUUGGGCUUGGACUGCUGUUAACACUCGCUGCAUCUUUAGUGGGCACACGACAGGCCAUUCCCUUUGGGACGACGACAAGUGUGCCCUAGCUCCAUUUCUGGACUGCUUGAACCACCACUGGAAGGCGAGUGUGCAAACUGCAAUAGUGGACUCCUAUUUUGAAAUUGUUACAAAUAAUAACUACCUGCCAAAUGAGCAAGUUUUCAUCAGUUAUGGCUCGCAUGACAACAAGAAGCUGUUUCUGGAGUACGGCUUUGUUCUUGCCGACAAUCCAAAUGACGUGGUUGCAAUCACAAGAGAGCACCUAUGUAAGCUUCACUCCUGCAAGGCACAGGCAAUCCCGCAUUUUUCCUCAAAGCUUUCCUUUCUGGAGGCAAAAAAUACUAUGAGUGAGUCUUGUGGCUUUACUGCGGAUGGAUUGACAUGGAAUGGGCGAAUUGUCAUGCAAGUACUGUCUCAUCCCAAGGCAUCAAGGUUGGAGUGGAACAAAUUGCUGUUUCGGUCCGGAGAAGAGGAACUCAACGAACAGCAGUGUCAGUUGGUGGUGACCUUAGUAGAAACCAUGUUGUGCGACUAUGGUGCUCCGCUACCUGAAGGCAAAGACUUCUGCUCACAGACAGUGGCUGCAUUUAUCAGAGAAGAGACAAAAAUUCUCAAGAAACAGCUACAACUCUAUGCGAGAUAGGUGCACUUCCAUGAGUGAAUAUGGUAGUGUGAAAGACACAGGUCAUAAUAACUGGUCCUAGUGAUGUAGUUUGUCUACUGCACCAUGUAAAGAGUGUUCAGCUAACUUUAGUCACUGUUUAAAGUUAUGCUGGAGCCCUCUAGAAGUAUGCGACAAAAUGAGUGUUGUUGGCUAAUGCAUGAAGCAAGUCAAACUAUUUUUUGUAUUUUGGUUAAAGGGGUACUGACAUGAUAUUUCUUAAUGUUCAUUCUUUUUUUGCGUUAAAGCGGCCCUGAAACACCUUUUAAACAUAGUAAGAAACUGUUGUUGAUCUAUUACUAAAGCAGUUGUGAACAUGCGAGCCAAAUAUUAUUGUACUGCAUGCAGUGUCAUGGCAAGGAGCUGGACCCACCAAUAGCUAUUGACUGAUUUCGUGAUUGUGAGUGCAGUCUUAGUUUUUAAUCAGAAAUUGCGAGAACAUCUCCAUUAAAUUGCUUAUGGCGCUCUGGGGAUGGUCUAUAUUUUCUAUGGUUUAAAUGGUCCGAGUCUCAAAAAAAAACAAGGCGGGGGGGGAAAGAAGAAUAGUCGAGAAUAUAAUGUCAGUGCACCUUUAGGACUGAAAUUAAUUACCUGAUUAUUAACAUUUUUAGGCAAAAGUUCUAACGAUAACUUUGUAGGGCAUUCUUGGAAACGUCUGUUCCAGCAAUACCUGCUUUUUACAUAAUAUUUUUCUGCAUCCUAAAGAAAGCCUAUCAAACAUAGAAAAAUGCAAGUGACAUGGCCACUUGCACGCUGUGAUUGCAGUGCUCUCAAGCAUGCCACAUAUGAAGGAACAACAGAUUUAGUCUGGCUUGCUGCAGCUUAAACCUUGGCUAAAGUUAGUAGGAACACCCUGCAGAAAAACUUGCACUCACCCAUCUGCCCUUCAGUACAGGAGAAAUACUGUUUUGCAAGACUUUCACAAGUACUGCAAUGGCUGUGCAUUAAAUAGUACUGAACUAAACAGCUAAGUAGUGUUUGAAUGCACGUGCUCUGUGUUGUCAUUUAUUGAAUGUUUUCAGAACCACACGUGAGACAGUGAGAAAGUGCGCAGGUGCAAGCACCACAACUGCUUAAUUUUGCAAUGGACACGUGAGGUGUCCCAUGGUUAAAGUAGCAAAGGAUGUGACUAAAUCCUGUCACAGAACAUCUAGCCGCUUACUUGUGUUUACUGUGUUGACCUAGUUCUAACACGCCCUCAUAUGUAGUAACAUGGCAUGCUGUUUGGAGCUGUCUUUUUAAACAGAUGGCCUAAAUUUUCUUUCUUCUUUUCAUGACUGUAAGGUUAGAUAGGUGUAGCUACAAACUCAACUGAAGUUGUUCUGACAGUGUAUUACAGAGCAUAAGUGUCAAGAAAUUAAGGCAUGAGGGAAAUCAACAACUUAAUUUUUUUCCUUUUUAUUUGAGCGUAUCUUCAUGCGAACAAAGGAACAACUACACAGUACAUUGUGUACUUCAAUUACAAAUGACAUAGCAAGCAUGGCCUGGGUUAGCACACCUGCACCCCAACACAAUGGCUGUCACACAUGUCAGCUUUCCGGGGGUGCAGCCUUGCACGCUGAACUCUUAGCUAUAUGGG